UCUUCAUCAUCAUCUCUCUCUCUCUCUCAAAAACUAAAAACGAAAAGAAAGAAAGUAAAACCGCUCUCUCUCAUUUACACACACAUUAUUAUUCUUGGCAUCAUUAUUAUUUUGUUGAUGAAAUCUGGUCACACAGACAGACUCACAAAUGAUAGAUAUGGAGGCUAAUGAAUUUGAACUUGUUUAUAUCUUCAUCUACUGACUACUACUGCUGCUGCUCUUCUUGAUAUCUAUGCUCCCCGGGGUUUUUCUGCUGAUUUUUAUUUCAUACUCAAGUUUGCUACUAUUUUUCGAAAGAAUAGUAGCGAGGGAAAACAAGGUUAUUUGAUAUUGUUUCUUGGUGGUAGUCUCUGAGUUAAGGUUUUAAGAAAGCAAGCCAAGGUUUUUUGUUUAGAUAUGCGCUGUCUCUUAAUGGUUUCAUCAGGUCCACCAAUAAAGAAACGGUCUGGUUUGCGAAUUAAACAAGCAGGACGCGGUUCAUAUCGGGCUAGUUAGUUGCAUUUGUUAUUCCUUUAGAUAAUUUUGAUCCAAGUUAUAAUCUUUUUCUGUACUGGGUGAGUUUUAAUAUUUUGAAGAAAUAAGAUGGGGACUACACCUUUAAGGAGGUUUCUACAAAGUCUUUGCGAUCAUUCGUGUUGGAAUUAUGCUGUAUUUUGGAAGCUUCAGCAACAAAGCCAAAUGCUUUUGAUGUGGGAAGAUGGAUAUGUUGGCACCUUACAAGUUGAAGAUUCCCUAGAAAAUAUGUUGGCUGAGACUAGCUGUGUAGGUUUAGAUGAAACAUCCUCAAGUAACACAUAUAAUGGAACUUUUGGCGGAGAUGCAGUUGAACUUGCAGUUGCUUAUAUGUCAAGCUUUCAGUAUACACUCGGUGAUGGGAUUGUUGGUGAUGUGGCAUACAGUGGGAACUGUCGCUGGGUUUUUGUAGAUAUGAAAUCAUUGGGGACAUUAAACGCUCUACCAAUUCCUGAGCAUGGAGAUGAAUGGUCCUUACAGUUUGCAGCAGGUGUCAAGACUAUUUUGCUGGUGCCUGUUAUUCCAUACGGAGUUCUACAACUCGGCUCAUUGGAACAACUUCAUGAGGAUGCACAAAUGGCCAACUUAAUUAAAGAUAAAUUCCUUCUGCAUCAAGAUUUCAUGAGUUAUUCUGGUGCUUUUUCAACGAACCAACAGUUUUCAUCUCAAUCAUCAUCAUCAUUGAUGUCUACGAUGAUGAAAAAUUUGGAUGGUGACUUCUCAUCAUCCAUGGUGAACGGAAAGGGAUCUGAUGAUUCAACAACUUAUAAUAACAAUGACAUCAACUGGUCAAACCACACAUCAUUGACCAGAUAUCUCGUAACACCAACUUAUGAUAACUGGCAUUCAUCUCAUCUAGGAGUGACAGAUAGGCAUAAACCUUCAGUAGCCAGGCAGAUGGGUGACACUGAAUUGCCCAAGCCACUAGAUCAGUUAACAGAUAUGAUCGAUAGAAAUGUCUUAGAAAGUGAUUUUGACCCGUUUUUAAGCUUUCCUAAAGAGUGUGAGUUGCACAAAGCUCUGGGCCCUGCUUUCAAGGGAAAAACAGAUGAUUCUUUGCAGCUUCUUUCCAUUGAUGACCCAUCAUCUGCUAAAGACAAUGGAAUUCUUUUCUGCAAUGAUAAUGUACACAAUCUUUUGGAAAAUGUUGUUACAAAUUUACCUCUGGGUGAGAAUUCGCCAACCCAAACAAGCGGCGAAAGCUCACUUUGUAGUUCAUUUGGCCAAUUUACUGCUUCAGCAAAACGGAAAGUUAUAAAUGAAAAUGGUGCCUUCAAAGGAGAAAGCUCACUAUGUAGUAACCAUGUACCACCUGCAACUUCAAGUAGGGUUAAAAGUCUUAACGGUAGUUCUUCACUUUCAGCUAUUUCAUAUGAGGGUGUAGUUGAUGACUUGACAGCAGAGGCAGAGCAAAAAAGUAGGUAUGAUGCUCUGCAUCAAAAUAAGGGUUCAAAACCAAUAGUUGCCGGAAAAAGAAAGGGCAAAACUGGUGCUAAACAGAAGCCAAGGCCUCGAGACAGGCAAUUGAUUCAAGAUAGGCUUAAGGACUUGCGCGAACUUGUUCCGGGCGGUUCAAAAUGUAGCAUAGAUGGUCUUCUGGAUCGAACCGUAAAACACAUGCUGUUCCUACAAAGUGUCGAUGACCGUGCUAACAAAUUGAGGCAGUGUGUCCAACCUGAGAAAGUAGCAAGUGUUCCGAUGAACAAUAGAAUUGCUGAAGACAAAGGUAGUCAAAAUGGGGCAAGCUGGGCAAUCGAAUUAGGAGGUGAUUUGAAAUUAUGCCCCAUACUUGUUGAAGAUCUUCAAUACCCGGGUCACAUGAUUAUAGAGAUGAUAUGUGAGGAGAGCAUACGUUUCCUUGAGAUAGCUGAGGUGAUACAUGGCCUGAACCUGACGAUUUUGAAAGGAGUGAUGGAGAAACAUUCUGGCAAUUCAUGGGCUCACUACAUUGUUGAGGCUCCAAAGGGAUUUCAAAGAUUAGAUAUAUUUUGGCCAUUGAUGAAGCUUCUGCAGCAGCAACAUAAUCCACUAUCUAGCAAAAUUUGAUGCUAUGCACAUCAAUCAUGUUGUAGACCAAAUUUCCCAUAUAUGACAUAACAUGGACUCAGAUCGAUGUUUGUAAUGUUUGGCGUGAUUUAAUUAUUAUCAUUAGUAUAUUUGUAGAAUAAGAUGUAAGUUGCAACAUAAACAUGGCAGUGCCUUCUUCCGACAAUCAAUUCCUGUGAUGUUAUCUAAAAA